UCUUGCAUCAAACUUCUGACAUGGCUGCAGCGGUGAUGUGGACUGAUCGAGGGCGGCGGGCUGUGAUUGCUGUGGGGACAGUGACCAGAUCCAGAUCCAGUCACACCGCCUUAAAAUCCCAGUAUGACGCGCUGGUCAUUGGAGGAGGACACAAUGGACUGGUGGCCGCUGCCUAUCUACAGAAAGGAGGACUGAAGACAGCAGUGCUGGAGCGCAGACAUGUGUUGGGAGGAGCAGCUGUUUCAGAAGAACUCUUUCCUGGUUUCCACUUUUCCAGGUGUUCCUAUUUGCUGAGUUUAUUAAGACCCCACAUAACUGCAGAAUUGGAGCUCAAGAAACAUGGGCUGAAGGUGUAUAUGAGGGACCCCCAUGCCUUCACCCCCAUGUUAGAGGAGGGUGUGAAUGGUGCCCCACCAAGGUCUCUCAUCCUGGGCUCAGAUCUGGCCAUGAAUCAGAGGGAGAUCGGCAAAUUUUCACAGAAGGACGCUAAGGCCUUUCCAGAUUUUGUUGCAUACCUUGAGAUGCUAGCAGGAGCUGUCCACCCUCUCCUGGAUGCUCCUCCUGUAGACAUUCCAGGUGUCACUACUGGGUCACUUAGGAAGAGGCUAGCUGCAGCUAAAACACUGGUGCCUAUUGUCAAAUGCGGUCUGAAACUGGGCAGAAACAUUCCGGACUUGUAUGAGAUUAUAACUGCACCAAUAAUGAAGAUCCUCAAUCGAUGGUUUGAGUCGGAGCCACUGAUGGCAACACUGGCUACUGAUGCUGUGAUAGGAGCCAUGACCAGUCCAAGUAAUCCUGGUAGUGGGUAUGUGCUCUUGCACCAUGUGAUGGGGGAGUUGGAGAAGGAGAAGGGAGCAUGGGGUUAUGUUGAGGGAGGCAUGGGAGGCGUGUCUAAGGCUAUUGCUAGCUCUGCUCGAUCCUAUGGUGUCGACAUUUUUACUGAGAAGGAUGUAGGACAGAUCCUGGUUGGUUCAGAUGGUGCUGCCAAGGGAGUGGUGCUAAAGGAUGGCACAGAGAUCCACAGUAAAGUAGUUUUAUCAAAUGCUACCCCAUAUGUUACCUUCAAGAACCUCACGCCACAGGCCGCCCUUUCUCCAGAGUUCAUCAAAGCAGUAGAUCAGAUUGACUACACCUCACCUGUGACCAAGAUCAAUGUGGCAGUGGACAAGCUACCAAACUUCCUAGCAUCUCCCACUCCAGACGAUAAACCUGGACCCCACCAUCAGUGCUCCAUUCAUCUCAACUGUGAAAGCACGGAGCUACUGGAGACUGCAUACAAAGAGGCCAUGAAUGGACGUCCCUCUGCAAGACCCAUGCUGGAGAUGACCAUCCCCUCUGUGUUGGAUCCUACUCUGGCUCCCCCUGGCUGCCACGUGGUGUCACUGUUCACCCAAUUCACCCCCUACUACAUAGAGGGCAGGGAGUGGACUGACCAGGACAGAGAGGCCUAUGCAGACACAGCAUUUGACUGGGUGGAGAAAUACGCCCCUGGGUUUAAAAAGUCGGUGGUGGGCAGGGACAUCCUGACCCCACCUGACCUGGAGAGGAUCUUUGGACUCACUGGAGGGAAUAUCUUCCAUGGAUCAAUGUCGCUGGACCAGCUCUACCUAGCACGACCUUUGCCCUGUCUCUCUGACCACCGCUCACCGAUUAAAGGGCUGUAUCUCUGCGGCAGUGGCUGUCAUCCAGGUGGUGGUGUGAUGGGUUCUCCUGGCUGGAACACAGCUCUCACUGUAAUGGCUGACCUGAAACGCCAAUGAAACACGCAACGGCAUCAGUGUGUCGAUCGCUCAUCAGUGUUCAACCUCUAUUUUGUGGAGUUCUAUCAGAUCAGCUGUCUCUCCAACAUAUUAUGUUUGCAAGGAUAUCUAAAAAAGGAGAAAAUGGAAUGAGAGACUCACUAAAUGAUGCUUUCAGGCUCUUUAUAGGAUCUCCAUGUCAAAAGUCUACCAGUCAAUCACUCCUGAUAUGAAACAAUAGUGCAAUACUGCCUGCACUAAAUUCUGUUGCUACAAACAAAUGCAUUUUAAAAUAACUGACACUUGUCUUAAUGACAUUACCUGUUAAUGUAAUGAUGGCAAUGAAUGGGACUGUAUAAAACUUGUAUGAGUCAAUUCAAAUGAAUUCAAAUGUUUCAUUUUCUUUCAACUGUGCAUAAUGAAUACUGGAAUGUUUAAUGUAAUGUUGUCAUGGUAAGAAAACACAGGUGUUACUAAUAACAGGCUCUGGUCUAUUCAAGUCUCCCAGAAAGAAUCAGGAUCCUGAAACUGAAGCAGCUAAUAGGUCAAAAGUUUAGUACUAGACAGAAAACCUUUACUUUUAUAUGUAUUUUACUGAUAGGGUUAGUUCAAGGACCAAUAUAAUUGUGCAUGGGCUUGAAGCGUCAUUGUUGACCUUGUUAUAGUCUAUACAUUUAUUAUCAUUUGACAAUAAAUUAACACAUGGUCCACCUACUAGAUUUCUACCAGAGCUUUUGACAAGAGAUCUGACUGAAAAAA